AUGGUCUCAAUAAUCAAAUACAGCGCCGGCAAUGCGCCUGGUGACGAUGCGCCCGGUAACGAUGCACCCGAGAGCGAUGUUUUGAAGAAUCAGUCCACAGUCAACGUACACACGCCUCACGAUGAAGAAAGCCCGUUAUUAUCGCGACCGGAUUCAACAGAGACAAUAGCCAAGGAUUUGAAAGGCGUAGGAACAAUAGUCGCGGUGCUUCUUCUCGGCGAAUUCAUUUCCAACGCCGAUGCGACUCUGGUCUUGGCAGCUGCUGGUCACAUUUCGUCCCAAUUCAAUCGACUACGCGAUGCGAGCUGGCUUUCCACCGGAUACACAAUUGGCCUUUGCGCCGCACAACCCAUGUACGGCAAAUUGAGCGAUAUUUACGGUCGGAAACCACUUCUGCUGGUAUCAUACUUUCUUUUCGCUCUCGGUUGCAUCAUCAGUGGCAUUGGACAUGAUAUGUGGGUGGUUAUCCUUGGACGCGCCAUCUGUGGAAUGGGUGGUGGUGGUAUUAUGACUAUCAGCUCGAUCAUUAUUACCGAUAUUGUUCCCCGACGCGAAGUGGCCACUUGGAGAGCCUAUGUCAAUGUUGCGAUGACGCUCGGCCGCAGCCUCGGUGGCCCUUUGGGAGGAUGGCUCAGCGAUACUAUCGGAUGGCGGUGGCUUUUCUUGCUCCAGGCUCCCUUUGUUGCUCUUGCCGCUUUACUUGUAAUCGUCAAACUCCCGGUAACUCAGUCCUUGUCUUUUGAUAUCGCUGCAGACGGCAACGGAUCCCGCCUUAAGCGAAUUGACUUCCUAGGAACGGCUCUGCUCGGCUCUUCGAUUAUAGCCAUAACGGCAUUGUUAGAUCAGGGCGGGAAGUCAUUCCCCUGGCGCUCAUGGCUCACAGCAUUCACAGCUGGGGGCGGCUUAUUACUUCUCCUGGCGUUCGUGCUGGUUGAGGCCUACGUCGCCAACGACCCCAUUUUUCCUCUCCGAAUUCUACGUCGACCAAAUGUGGCUACGAGCUAUCUCAUUUCAGUGCUGCAAAUCACCGCGCAGCUGGGAAUGAUGUUUUCGAUCCCUCUGUACUUCCAAGUCACUCAACGUGCAUCAACCACGGAAUCCGGAUUUCACCUCAUCCCAGCGGUCAUUGGUAAUACGUUGGGUGGUCUUCUCGCCGGUGGAUUCAUCAGACGUACCGGUCAUUUUAAAGUCCUUCUCGUCCUGGCUGGGCUGAUUGCUUCGGUGACAUAUACUCUGCUCUAUUUGCGAUGGAAUGGAAACACUGGAUUCUGGGAAUCCCUGUAUAUCAUUCCGGGCGGACUGGGAACUGGAAUUGCGUCAGCUUCUUCAUUCAUUGCAAUGACGUCUAUGCUACCACCCCAAGAGAUUGCUAUGGCGACAUCUGCAUACAUGCUUCUGAUCAGCUUUGCCAUGACAGCAGGCGUCACGACUUCCAAUGCCGUUCUCGGAGCAGAGUUCCAGCGUCAGCUUCGACAGAAUCUGCACGGACCUGGAUCCAAGAAGGUGAUCCAACGUGCAAUGGCGGACACCGGAUACAUUGCUCAUCUCACAGGCCACAUUCGUGAGAUUGUGGUCGAUUGCUACCUCUUGGGUCUGAAGCACACCUAUUUGAUUUCACUUGGCUGCUCUCUCACCGCUGCAUUCUUGGGCCUUUUCAUUCGUCACCACCAGAUCUAG